CUAAUUGAAAUAUACAAAAAAAAUAAUUAGGAUUAAAUUGUCAUGAUUUUCUUUGUUUUUAUAUAUUUUUAGAAAUUUAUCUUAUUGCAUGUCUUAUUGAUUAUUUUUCUAAUGUUUCAACAUAUGUUGAGAAUAAUACUGCUGUGAAAUUUGGUGAUAAUAUUUUAUCAUUUCGUGCUAUAUUUAAUGAUGUUCGAAAUUCUAUUGAUCGUUUACAUCAUCAAGGCAAAUUAAAAGAAUUAGUUACAGCUGAUGUUGAGAAAUAUGUCCAUAAAGAUGAUCAGUUACCUGUUUUACUUGAUCGAAUACGUUCGCAUGGUGCAAAAACGUUUUUGCUAACAAAUUCGGAAUACUGGUACACGGAUCGUUUAAUGACAUAUUUAAUUGGAAGUGAAGGAGGAACGGCAAAGAAAGGCAAACGUGAUUGGAAAAGUUAUUUUGAUUUUAUAUUAGUUGAUGCACAAAAACCAUUAUUCUUUGCUGAAGGAACAACAUUGAGAUUAGUUGAUCCGGCAACUGGUCAUAUGAAAUUGGGAACAUAUUCUGGACCGUUGAAACAAAAUCAAGUUUAUAGUGGUGGUUCAUGUGAAGUAUUUUCAAAAUUAAUUGGUUCAACGGGAAAAGAUGUUUUGUAUGUUGGUGAUCAUAUAUUUGGUGAUAUAAUUAAAAGUAAAAAACAGAAAGCAUGGAGAACAUUUCUUGUUAUUCCUGAAUUGAAUCAUGAAUUAAAAGUUUUUCAUGAUAAACGUGCAAUAUUUAAUACAUUAGAAGAAUUAGAUAAUUCAAUUAGUGAAUUAUUACGUAAUUUUGAUAUGACAUCAAGUCAAGGACCAGAUGUAUCAAAGAUAAGACAUAAAAUACAAGAUUGUACACAUGAAUUAGACAUGAACUUUGGUUUAUUAGGCUCAUUAUUUCGUACUGGAUCAAGACAAACACAUUUUGCUAGUCAAGUGACUCGAUUUGCUGAUAUUUAUGGUGGAACUGUUGUUAAUCUGGUUUAUUAUCCAUUCUUUUAUUUCUUUCGUGCUGUAUCCCAACUGAUGCCUCAUGAAUCAACUGUUGAUCCAGAAGAUCCAAUGGAUGAAGUAAAAGCUCCAUGGGGUGGAACACAAGAGGCUAUCAAUCGUCGACGUUCUACACAUAGUAGUAUUGUUACUGAUCUGUUACAUAAUACAAUUCAUACAUAUCCUGAUCUUCCACGACAUGUUACACAUGAUCAUGAUAUUGAUAGUGCACCUGGUAGCGAUGAUGAUUUGGAUGAUGUUAUAUCACAUAGAAGUCGAACAUACACUCCACCGAAGAGCAAAAAUUGA